AUAAAUUUCAUUGAUAUCAUUAGAUUUAGUUCUAUAGUACUAAUGCUUUUAUCAUUGUCCAGAGUAAACACAUAGUAUGGAUAUUUUCUUUUAUUGCAGGUUGCCCAGAGCUUAGGCUGCUGCUUUCAUAAUGAUGCAGUUUAUGUUAUUAUUCAGCCGUCAGGGCAAACUGCGACUACAGAAGUGGUAUGAAGCCCAUCCAGAUAAAGUUAAGAAAAAAAUUACAAGGGAGUUGAUAUCAACCAUCUUGGCACGAAAGCCAAAAAUGUCCUCAUUUUUAGAAUGGAAAGAUCUCAAAAUUGUUUAUAAAAGGUAUGCAUCCCUUUAUUUUUGUUGUGCAAUUGAACAGGAGGACAAUGAGCUGUUAACAUUAGAAAUUAUCCAUCGAUAUGUGGAACUUCUGGACAAGUACUUUGGUAGUGUAUGUGAGUUGGAUAUUAUUUUCAAUUUUGAGAAGGCUUACUUUAUGUUAGACGAGCUGAUGGUUGGUGGUGAAGUUUGUGAAACAAGUAAGAAAAAUGUGCUCAAGGCCAUAGCAGCUCAGGACCUUCUUCAGGAGGAUGAGGCAGUGGAAGGGGCCCUGCGCGAGAUUGGGCUGUACUAGCUUAUGCAGCUGGAAAACUCCUACGACUAAAGCCCGUACAAUCUCCUCCCACCCUAUGUUCCAAGUUUACAGAUUUCUUCCCUUUUUGAUGUCUUCAUAGAUUUUUUAUUAUUUUUCCAUGGAGGCCUAAAAAAGGCUGAGAGUCUAACCCUGAUGUGGUGUGAUGGUUUUGAAUGUGAAGAUGAAAGUGAUAAUAGGCAAAGUGUUUUCGUUUGCAUAGAGGGUGGUCUUUGGAAAGAUACAAAGGAACUUUGGUAACUAACAUGAUUUUUUUAAGAAUUUGGUGAAGAAAAUACUGUAGAUUGAGAAAGUGUGGUAAUUUAAAAAUGGAGAUAGUGAUUUACAAUUUCAGCCAUGACUAUUAUAUUCCUUAAUUUGAGCCUAGAUAAUUGUCACUUGGUAUUUUUCAUGUCCUAUUUUUAUAUUUUUGAUACUUAAAUGCUUUAAUUAAUAUUGAGGGUAGGAUAAACACUUAAAAGGAGCAUCUUAAGGAAGGUUUUAAGGCUAAGAUUGACAGUAAAUAAGUAUUUUAUUAUAUUUCAAAAUUGUACAGUAAACCAAAUUUCUUUCUGUUUAAAGCAACUACUCUACACCAGUUCGUUAUUCUUCAAAGUCUUGUUUCUUACCCUACAUUAGUUUUGGAGUAAUGUAGGAAUACCCUACACUGGUUGAUUGCUUCCUCAUAGGCCUUAGUGUUUUGUAGUUUAGAAAAAUACAUUUUACACCUUCCGGUCAUGUGGUGAUUGGAGUUUUGGUAAGGAAAAGUGUCUUUGCUGCUUAUAUUUUUCUAUAUCUUAAUAAAAGGAAGCCAUAUGUGAAGCAGGCUAGCAGAAAUUAAGUGUUUAUAAAAGUUGCUUUUGAAUUAUAACUAUUUUUAUGGUGCUAAGUUACAACAUUCUGGAUAAAUUUUCAUAAUUAGGUUGCUUCUAGUAUUUAGGUACACAAUGUAAUAUAAGCAAAGUUGUCUUAAGUUUAAAGAUGAUAAUUUUUUUUUUAGUUGGGCACUUGGGUGCACUUACCAUAUAAUUUUACUCUAGCUAUAGAUUUUACUUUGUAAAGUCUUUAUUCAUAUUAUAUUACAAGAUAAACUAUAUAAAUUUGCUAUUUUCAUCACACCUUGCAGUACCAUUUUAUGAAGAAAAUAUUGGCAUUCUUUACAGAAAAUUAUGUUAAUCACAGAUUUUCUGUUAAGCAUAAUUAUUACAGUAUAGGACCCACUAGUUGUAUGUUUUGUCACUAGUCAUUUGUCACUUGUAUGUCACAGGUAUGUAUUGCAGCUUGAAAAUUACCUAGUGAAUUUAUAAAUUUGGGGAGACCACUCGUGAACUGUCAUACAGGCAGUCCUUGGUUAUUGGCGGAGGUUCUGUUCCGAUGGCUCGAUGAUAAGCAAAAAUCGCUGAUAACCCAAAAUCAGCAUUUUAUGGGGCUUAUCUUAUGGCGCCAAUAACCGGGUAAUGGUACCUCUGUUAGAUAUGAAUUGAUGCUGAUAAUCAGAAAUCGGCGCAUUAUGUUGCCGAAAAUCACUCGCGCUAGACAAGCGCCAUAAAACCGCAUCACUGAUAACCAGGGCUGCCUGUACAGGAAAUGGUAUUUAAUUAUUUUAUCAGGAAUUGUGUACUUUAGUCCUGUGCAAAUGCUUAUAUUUAUACCAUUUUACCAUUUUCAAGUUAUUAGACUGAAUUUUUUAGUUCGUACUAUAUUUGGAGCCUUCAUAUUUAAAACGGUUGGCAUAUGUAUAGCUCUUUCCAUGUUUACAUAUAUUUAAAGCUUUUGCAUAUUAAAAUGACAGGCAACACGUUGUGGGUUAUUUAAUUUUGAUUUACCUAUUUAGAUGGGUUUGAAUCCAAGGAUACAGUUUUUAAAUUUAUUUAGGAGUAUUAUUACCUAAAGGAACAGCUUCCAGAGUGUACAAGUUCAAGGGUAUGUGAUAAAAAUUUAUCUUAUAUUUUCCUUGUUUCCAAUUUUUUUUUUUCAUUCCAGAAUUAUCUUGAGAUUUUGAUCCUAUAUUGUACUAGAAUUACAAGUAAUAUUUACUUUAGUAUAAUAUUAAAGAACUAUUAGUAUUUAUGUCACAAAGAAAUGAAAAUACAGUACUGAAGUAGUUUCUCACACAUUAGACAUGUUAAAUGAAAAUUUAGACCACCAAUUUUACUCAAUUGAUAUUCAUUUAAAUUAAAUGGUAGGCAAGGUUGCAAUAAUGUGUGAUUUAAAUUGCACAGUAAUGUACUAUCCUGUUUUAAUCACUUGAAGGAAGACUAUACUUAUAUAUUUGUAGUAGAGCGUGUCUUAUAUUUGUUUUUUUGUUUUUUUUUUUGCUAAAAUGUCUCAUUUUUGCAGAAACUUAUCCAGAAAACAGUCACAUUUGUGCCCCUUGUUUGCAUUCUAUCUCGUCUUCAGUCUCUCUCUUUCUAUAUAGGUACAUAAUUACAGGCAGGAAAAUUUUGUUCAUUUUGUUAGUGAUGGAUGUACAGUAGAUGUCUUUGUGCUUCCUUGCAUAAUGCCGUUCUGUAUUAUUAUGCAUUAUUAUUGUGUUGGUUGUAAGGUAUUGUGUUUUGUGACGAAGGGUGGAAAUUGUGUUUGACAUCCCUUUUAAGUGAUUGGAACCAGUGAAGGGGAUAUAUGUGUUGUGUAUGUAUGUGGGUGUGUAUGUUUUGAGGGGGCUCUGUAUAUAUACUGUAUACUGUUUAGUGUAUUCUUUUAAUUGUUUACUCAGUAAGUUUGAAUUAAAUGAAACCACUUGAA